UCUCUCUCUCUCUCUCUCCAUUUUCAGCUCUCCUAUUGCGGCAUAGCUGAGUCCACGAAGGCAUGGCCUUAACAAAAUUCUCAGUGAAAAAAGGCCUCGCUGGUUAGACCAUCUCGCUCUGGUGGUUUUGGCGUGGCUUCUUCUCGUCGUCUCAUUGAAACCAAUCGAAGCAAUUAAUGGCUCCUUCUCAGCACCCACUCUAAAACCCUUUCAAUACUAUAAAACCCUGGUACUCCUUUAAUGGAUUUGAGAAGGCGAGCAAUCUGUCAAUGGAGCUAUUUUCGUCCUCCCGUCACUCGACCAUUAACUUGCGUGACGUCCACCUCCCAAAGCUUGAACCUGCAAUGUGAAAAUAAUCCCCAGCCGCCACCAUUGCAGCCCGAGAGCCAGCCACUGGACUCCAAUCAGAAUUUACUUAAUCGGGUAUCUUCUAUUCUCAGAAACCCAUCUCUAGACACUUCGAAGUGCAAAGCACUUAUACCUCAUUUGUGUCCUCACGAAUUUGAACGGGUGUUUUUAGCUGUUGGACCGAAUGCGAACCCCCGCACAGCUCUUACUUUCUUCAAGUAUGCAUCUGAAUCUUGUAAGUUUCAGUUCACCGUUCUGUCUUAUUGUAUUUUGAUUCGUUUGCUUGUGGUUUCGAAUCUCAAGGAUCCCGCAAGAUUGCUUUUGAUUCGUUUGAUUGAUGGAAAGAUGCCGGUUUUGAAUGCGAGAAGUCCCAUGGAUUGGCACCUUGAGAUUGGGGCUUCCAUGGCGAAUUUGAAUGAGCCAGGUCUUGAGGUUAUUGAUUUGCUAAUACAUGUUUAUAGCACCCAAUUCAGGAAUUUGGGGUUUGGUUUUGCCAUUGAUUUGAUUAGGCUUCUUGCUAGUAAGGGAAAGUUUCCAUCUUCGAAGACUUGCACUUUUUUGUUAACUUCUUUAUUGAAGGCUAACGAGUUAAACAAGAGUGUUGAGGUAUUUGAGAUAAUUCGAGGUGGUGUUUUUCCUGAUGUUUAUUUGCUCAGCACUGCUAUUAACGCAUUCUGCAAGGUAGGAAGAAUUGAAGAUGCCAUAGGGUUGUUUUCAAAAAUGGAACAGCAGUUAGGUGUUUCUCCUAAUGUAGUUACAUACAAUAUUAUUAUUGAUGGAUUAUGUAAGAAUGGGAGAUUGGAUGAGGCAUUUGGGUAUAAAAUCAAGAUGGUGAAUAAUGGUGUAGAACUGUCUCUCAAAACAUAUAGUAUCCUUCUUAAUGGUUUGGUGAAGUCAGAGAAAUUCGGUGAUGCGUAUAUUAUGUUGAAGGAAAUGUCUGACAUGGGUUUUGUGGCCAAUGAGAUUGUAUAUAACACAUUGAUUGGUGGAUUUUGUAAACAGGGUAAUAUUGGUGAUGCACUUAGGAUUAGGGAUGAUAUGGUAUCCAAGGGCAUAAAUCCUAAUUCAGUUACUUACAAUUCUCUUAUACAAGGAGUUUGCAAGAGAGAUCUAGUGGAAUAUGCUGAACAACUCUUGAUGGAAAUGCUAUUGAGAGGCUUACCAGUAAACCGAGGUGCUUAUUGUUCGGUAAUUUGUCUGUUAUGUGUGAAGCAUAAGUUUGAUUCUGCACUACAUUUCAUGAAGGAGAUGUUAGCCAAAAAUUUAAGUCCCAAUGAUAAGUUGCUAACCUCAAUUGUUGUCGGGCUUUGUCAGCAUGGAAAGCAUUCAAAUGCAAUUGAGCUAUGGUUUAAACUGUUUGAGAAAGGGUUUACAGCCAGUACAGAAACUUCAAAUGCUCUAAUUCAUGGGCUCUUUCAAGCUGGUAAUAUUCAAGAAGCUACUAGGAUGGUUACGGUGAUGCUUGAGAAGGGUAUAAUAUUUGAUAGAAUCACGUACAACACACUCAUCCGGGGUUGUUGCAAAAAUGGGGAAGUGGUGAAAGCGUUUAAAAUUAGGGAAGAGAUGUCUAAACAAGGGAUUGAACCAGAUAUUUAUACUUAUAAUACGCUAAUUGAUGGGCUGUGUAAGUUGGGUAAAGUGGAAGAAGCAUUUAAACUUUUGGAUGACUGCAAAAGAAAUGGUCUUAAUCCAAAUGUUCAUACUUUUGGCCCAAUAAUAGAUGGAUACUCUAAUGCCGGUAAAGCUGAAGAGGGUGAGAGACUAUUCAAUGAGUGGGUUGGUAUGAAACUGUGGCCAAAUUCUGUUGUUUAUAAUACUCUAAUCAAAGGAUACUCUAAAAGUGGGAAUAUGAUGGCAGCCUUCAGACUUCGUGAUGACAUGAGAAUGAAAGGAAUCCCUCCCACUGCUAAAACAUAUUCUUCUCUAAUAAAGGGCAUGUGCAGCAUUGGGCUUGUUGAGGACGCAAAAAAACUUUUUGAUGAAAUGAGGAAGGAGAAUUUGUUGCCAAAUGUGGUAUCUUAUACUAUAGUUAUUCAAGGUUACUGUAAGCUAGGCCAGAUGGAUAAAGCUAGAUGUGCCUGGGACGAAAUGUCUUCAUGUAACAUAAACCCUAACCAAUUUACCUACACUGUCAUGAUUGAUGGGUACUGUAAACUGGGUAACAUGAAAGAAGCUACUAAGCUUCUAAGUGAAAUGGAAGAAAAUGGAAUUGCCCCAGAUGUUGUCACUUAUAAUGCCCUAAUAGAUGGAUUGACAAAAAAUGGGAAAAUAGAGGAGGCUUUAAAAGUAUGUGAUCAUAUGCGCAGCAGGGGUGUCGUCCCUGACGAAAAAACACAUACCAUAUUGACUCCUGGGUUUCAUCAGCCAUUGACACAUACAACUCAAGAUUGAUCAGGAACUUCAAAAAGAUGAGGUGAAUCUUAGAACAGGGAAAGCGUCCUCUUGCCUUCAUUUCCUACUUUAAUAAUUAUUGUUGGAUUAUAGAGGUUCGACUCUUAAUUGCUUAUGAUUGGUUCUUUCGUGUAUUUCUUAAUUAUAUAUCAAUAUAUCAUAUAUAUCUGUUUGGUUACUCAGGAUUUUGUUCUUAUUUUUAUUGAUGUUGGUGAAAUUUCAGUAGUUCCUGUCAAGGCAUGUUGCUUGUAAACUAUGGGAUAGUUCGGUAAUUUUCUAUUGUCUACUGCCUCAGAUUCCAACUUUAUGAAUUAUUGUUGGAUUUUAGAGUUUCUUUCAAGGCUUGUUGCUCGUAACCCAUGGGAUGGUGCUGUCAUAUGUUUUUCUUAAGCCUCAGAUCGGUGUAAGGUCUCCAGUUCUCACACACCAACGUUUGACUGAAGUUUUCUUGUUAGUUGGUGCAACAGAAGAAUGGACUGGUAAUCAUGAAAGGAGAUUUACUAAAGAUCAAGGAUAGCAGAUAUCAGUUGAUAAAUACAGAUGCACCCACACAAGAAAAGAAAAACUUUCUUGUCUGCUUUCUUGCAUUAGGGAUUAAUGUGUUCGGUGGAACAUUGGUUAUGCAGAAGUCUACGCUGAAGCCGGAAGAGGCUUUUAAAGGAUACAUAGGAACAUCUUUGGAUGAAAUCACAUGCAUUAAUUCAUGGGUGGAAUUAACUGUCAACAGCACAAUCAAGAUUGAUUGGAAACUUGGAAAGGCUGGCCACUUAUCUUGGACAAGACAUGGCCUUUCCUUAAAAUUGUAAUGAUAGACGUGGACACAAUUAUCCGCUUCUUUACCAAUGUGGGACCUGAUCGAUUGCAGAGGUGCAUUGCUUUUUGGUUGCUCAGACAAGGUGCUCCUAGAUAGGUAGUAAUUUAAGGUUUUAUUUUCGUAAUUUUGGACGGUACAUGGACCAAGAGAGAAGCUAACUAGAGACAGCAGCAGAUGGGUGCCUUAGCAAGGUGUCAUUGGCUAGCCCAGUUUCUGCUUCUUGAAAAAGUGACUCAUCCGUAGGAGAUGGAAGGAAUUUUAAGUUUUUAACGAGAGGAGUCUCAUGACGGGCUGCAGAUAUGCAUGAGUUACUUGGUAUAUGUAUUUUAUCUAGAGAAGAAUUGUCAAGCUACUCAACCCAGAAAGUCUGACUGCCACUACAUACUAGGUAUUUCCCUGAAUGGAGCAGUUUUUUUCUCUUACACUUUGUUUGUAGCAAUUGUUUAACUUGAGAUUUUGAAUGACAAAUUAGUUUUUUAGGGAUUGCAGAGGUUUUAGAGGUGGUGAUAAUUAUUUAUUGGGAGUUGUUCAUUGGGGAAUUCAGCUUCAAUUGUGUUUGUUCAACAAAAAGACGUAUUUGAACACAAGCUUUUGAGAAUAAUCUUGUUCAUCAUUAACUAGUUCCCUAUAUUUUUUUCUCUGCUUUUCCCAUGGUUUAGGAAUUGUAACCAUGGCAUUUAAAUUGCACUGAAUCAGUUCUAUCUAGAGUCCUUUCAAGGGUUCA